AUGAAGGCCAUUGUGGUGGCCGGCACGCACAGCGGCGUGGGCAAGACGAGCGUCGCCGUGGGGCUCAUGGCCGCCUUCCGCCGACGAGGUCUCCGCGUGCAGCCGUUCAAAGUCGGACCUGAUUUUCUGGACCCCAUGCACCAUCAGGCGGCUACAGGCCGAGACUCGUACAACCUGGAUGGGUGGAUGCUCAACAGGGAGGCCAACGUGGCAUGUUUCACACGUUUCGCAGCCUCAACUGACGUGGCAGUUGUGGAGGGCGUGAUGGGGCUAUUCGACGGUCGAGAUGGCAAGACAGAGGUCGGCAGCACAGCAGAGAUGGCCAAGAUCAUAGGGGCCCCUGUUGUCCUCGUUUUAGACUGUUGGUCUAUGUCUAGAAGCGCGGCAGCCAUGGUACAUGGUUACGCGUCCUUCGACCCGUCGUUGCGAUUCGCGGGGAUUAUUCUGAAUAAGGUCGCCAGCGCAGCGCAUGCCACGUGGCUGACUGAGGCGCUAGAAUCAGCACACGUCAGAGUUCCCGUCCUAGGUGGCAUCCCGAAAUCUGCUGACGUGGAGAUGCCAGAGCGCCACCUGGGAUUGCACCGGCCUGGGGUGGACGCGGACGGGGUGCCAGCUCAGCACGCCGAGCGGCUGGCGACACUGAUUGAAGCCCACGUGGACCUGGACAGGCUGUUGCAGCUGGCAGCUGACGUGGCAGGGGCGCCUACGAUGGGGCUUGGGGGAGGGGAGGGGAGUGUGUGUGGAGGGGAGGAUGUCGGAGAGGAGAGUGUGAUGGGCGGAGGAGGGAGUGUGAUGAGUGGGAUGGGAGGAGCAGGAGGGAUGGAGUGUGGUGGAUCGUUGGCCAAUGAGCUGCCUCCGUUGUCGAUGCCGCCUGGAAUGAAGCUUGCGCGCAUUGGGGUGGCGAGAGACGAAGCAUUUUGCUUCUACUACCAUGACAACCUGUCGCUGCUGAGAGAGGCCGGAGCAGAGAUUGUGUUCUUCUCUCCGCUCACCUACCCCCUUCCACACCGCCUCGACACUAUGUACUUUGGCCGCUCUAGCUGCUCUAGCAGCCAGAGAGGCGGGUAUCCCCAGCUGCACGUGGCUGCCGUGGCUGCUCUGGCUUCUCUGGCUGCUUGGCGUCCAUAUUUCCAAUCACCAUUGUGCCAUCUCCUUCCCCUCUGUUCACAUUAUUGCCUUUUGUUGCCCACCCUAUCAGAGGCGGGAGCAGAGAUUGUGUUCUUCUCCCCGCUCACUGACCCUCUGCCGCACCGUCUCGACGCCGUGUACUUUGGCGGGGGGUAUCCUGAGCUGCAUGCUGCUGCUCUGGCGGCCAACACCAAGUUGGUGUAUGCGCUCAGGGCGUUUGCUGCUGCUCUGGCCGCUCUGGCCUGGCUUGCAUAUUCCCGAUUCACCCUUGUGCCAUCUCCUGCCCCCCUGUUUUCAAUGCUGUUUCGUCCCACCCCACCAGAGGCGGGAGCAGAGAUUGUGUUUUUCUCCCCGCUCACUGACCCUCUGCCGCACCGUCUCGACGCCGUGUACUUUGGCGGGGGGUAUCCUGAGCUGCAUUCUGCUGCUCUGGCGGCCAACACCAAGCUGGUGUAUGCGCUCAGGGCGUUUGCUGCUGCUGGCGGGGUGGUGUACGGCGAGUGUGGUGGGCUCAUGUACCUGUCACGGAGCAUCGAGUUGUUCUGGGUUUGGAAGCUGGUGUAUGCGCUCAGGGCGUUUGCUGCUGCUGGCGGGGUGGUGUACGGCGAGUGUGGUGGGCUCAUGUACCUGUCACGGAGCAUCGAGUUGUUCUGGGUUUGGAAGCUGGUGUAUGCGCUCAGGGCGUUUGCUGCUGCUGGCGGGGUUGUGUACGGCGAGUGUGGUGGGCUCAUGUACCUGUCAAGGAGCAUCGAGACGAAGGAGGGAGAGGUGCACGAGAUGUGUGGGUUGCUGCCCUUCCGCACUCGCAUGGUGUCUACACUCAAGCUAGCCUACUGCACGCCCAAUUGUGUGUUGUUCCCGGCCGAGCUGGGCGAGAUGAGGGGGCAGUUCUUCCACUUCAGCGAGGUCGUUUCCUUUACCCAUCCUAACCCCUCUCUUUCCUCCCUUGCCUUGCCCCACCCUCUCUUGGUCUUCCCUCUUCGUUACCAGGUGCGUCCCCAGCCCAACUGUGUGCUGUUCCCAGCGGAGUUGGGCGAGAUGAGGGGGCAGUUCUUCCACUUCAGCGAGGUGGUUCUGGAUGACGGCUCAUUCCAUGGCGACCAGCUGGAGUUCGGGUACCUUAUCGAGCAGCAAACUCCAGGUGCCACCUCCCGUCCAGAGGGCUACAUGGUGGGGGCAGUGCUAGCGUCCUACGUGCAUCUGCACUUCGCCUCCAACCCCUCCCUCGCCCACGCCUUCAUAGACGCGUGCCGAACCGACCCUACCAAAUCCGCAGCUGUCGCUGCUGCCUCUGCCUCAGCAGUGGCUGGAGCUGGGGCGGCAGCGGCGGCAGCAGCAGGGGCGGCAGCUGCGGCAGCGGUGGCAGAUGCGUUGAAUGAAGACGACAGGUUGUCGCAACGAUCGGUCUCUCUGGGAGCUCGUUUCGUAGGAGGAGUGAGAGCGGAGGGAGGUGGGAUGCGAGGGGGUUUGAUGCUGGUGGCGGGGUGUCGCCACCUCAUUAUUUGGAGACGUAUGGGAGGGGAGGAGGAGGGGGAGGAGGAGGGGGCGGGAGAGGGGGGAUUGGUGGGUCAGGUGGAAUGUAUUAUGGAGGGGGGGUUUCGCCUCCUCAUUAUAUGGAAUCAUAUGGGCGAGGAAGAGGGGGAGGAGGAGGGGGAGGGGGAGAGGCAGGGGCAGGAUAUGGGGGUAUUGGAGGACGAGUGUAUGAUGCCAGGGGGCAGUGGCAUGAGGAUAUUAUCCCCAGAGCUUUAUCAGGUACUGUUCCUGGUUCUUCAGGUGCUUAUUCAGGUGGUUUCUCAGGUGGCCCGUCAGGAUAUGGAUAUGGGGCGGGAACGGGCGGCGGAAGUGGGGGAAGAACGGGCGGCGGAGGAGGAGCGGGGGGGGCGGGGAGGAGUUGACUGGGCUAGAUACGAGCUCUCACCACCCCUCCCUUACCAAUCCACAGGUUACAGCAGGGAGGGGAAUGGCAGUCAAGGGGUGGGAGGGCUGGGGUUUAUCCCUUCUCCCAUGCGGAGGUCUAUUUCUGAAUUGUGGGUGUCUGGGGGUGGGGGUGGUGGGCUGGAUGAGUUGAGUCUGGGCGGAGGGCAAGGGGCGACUGGGCAAGGGGGAAGAGGAGGAGGGGGAGGGGGAGGCGGAGGAGGGGGAGUAAAAGGAGGAGGAGUGAGAGGAGGCGGAGGAGGGGGAGAGGGUGGAGGCGGUGGGUAUGGGGGGACAGGAAGGAGAGAUGGAAGGGGGAAAGUCUUGGGAGGAGGGGCAGGAGGAGCAGGGGGGGAGGGAGGAGGGGAAGGAGUGGGAGGAGGGAGAGGUGGAGUAGGAGGGUCUAGUAACAGAGGUGGUGGGGGUGGUUCAGUGGCUGGGAGAUCAGGAAGUGGAGGAGGAAGUGGUGGUGGUGCUAGCUCAACCUCAGAUCCCUCUGCAUACCUCUCCACCGCUGCAAACCCCUCUUCAGCAGGUGCCUCUGCAACAGACGGUCGCAGCUAUGCGGAUUCCGGUUCUGCUUCGGAUUAUGAUGAGAUGAAUGCGAGUGACUUACGAAGCUCUUCUGAGUUUGAUGAGGGGCUGACGUCUAGUGGCCGGCUGUCGGAUUUUGUGGGGAGUAACAGCGGGAGGAGCGUGGAGCAGAUUUAUGAAACGGGAGGAGGGGGUGGUGGAGGAGGAGGAGGGGUGAAGGCGCCUUCUAGUGGGAAAAUGGCCGAUUUUGUGAGUGCAGGGGUCGGGGUUUUGGGAGAAGGAGGAGGAGGAGGGGGUGGAGGUGGAGGAGGAGGGGGAGGAGGACGGGGAGGAGGGUCAGCUGCAACAGCUGUUACUGGAGCUCGCCCCACCCCUCUUCCUACUUCUUCAGAUCUACCCCAGUUCAACACUCCUCCCGAACCUGCUUCCAAGGCAGCAGCCGAAGCUGCGGCAGAAGCUGCAGAUCCCCACACUCACUUCUCCCUUUCUAAAGACUUCUCGUUUGGACAAGCCAGUCUGGCUGUGGCAGAUACGGUGGAGGGUUGGAUGCGGUGCAAGGGGGUGGAAACGGGUGCUGGUGUGACAGUAGGGAGUUACGGGGUGACUGCAGCAGGGUUGAGAAUGGCAGGAGGAGUGGCAGGUGGAAUGCCAGGCGGAAUUCCAGGUGGAAUGUCAGGUGGAAUGGCAACAGAGGGACGGCAGUUGGGAGGGAAGAGCAGGAGAACUCGUGUGGUAUCACUGUCACCUUCCGCAACUGAUAUCAUCGUGGCACUCAGAGCGACGGACCAGCUGAUUGGCUUGUCGGAUCAGUGCCGCCCGUCCAGCUCCUUGCCACACCCAUGCCACGUGGUGCUUCGCUGCCCUGCUGCCAGCAAGCCGCCUUCCAAAGUUCAAGCCCCUCCUUGUGUGCUGGAUUCGGAGUGGUUGAGAGCGGUGCAGCCAGAUGUGGUGCUUUUAGGGGGAUCCACUGCCUGCCUGCGCUGCGACCUGCACUGGCAGGAUGGAAAUACACUGUCCACCGCUGCUGCUGCGGCUGCAGCUCCUGAUUCUGUUAGUGAUUCUGCUAGUGCUGCUGGUGUUUCUGGUGCUGCUGCGGCUGCUAGGGCUGGUGGUGGUGGUGGUGGUGGUGGUGGUGCUGCUGCUGCUACUGCUGCUGCUGGAGUAUCAGGAGUGGCAGAUAAGGGAAGGCAUUGUGACAGCCUUACCUUGGCUGCAGAGGUUCGGAGGAGCCUCGGUGAAUCAGGCUCGGGAGAAGGCGGCGGUGCAUCAAUCGUUUCUCUCCGUCCUGCCACACUCGCCCAGGUGCUUGAAUCAGUGGUGACAGUGGGGGCAGCACUUGGUCUGCAGCAGCCAGCCCAGGCCCUCUCCUCCCACCUCCACCUGCGCCUGCGCUCUCUCGCUGCUGCCCUCGCCACCGCUCCCCGCCCCCGGGUCACCUCCCUAGAAUCCAUCUCUCCUCUCGUUAUGGCUGGGCACUGGCUGCCCGAGAUGAAAGUUUUGGCCGGGGCAGAUGAUGGUGGGCUGCAGGAGCCGGGCAGCCCGGUGCGGAAAGUAUUGUGGGAGAGCAUUACGGCGUUUGGGCCUCAGGUGCUGUUUCUGACGCCGUGUGCUGCUGAUGUGAAGACUGCUCUUGCUCAGGUUGAGGCGCUUGCUCGCCUGCCCGGCUUUUGGUCGCUGCCCGCAACUGAAUCUGGGCAGGUUUACAUUAUCGAGUCAUGUCUGUUCCUCAACGCAGGCCCGCGAUUGGUCGAUGGUGUUGAGUUGCUAGCCAGAAUUAUUCAUCCUGACCGAGUAGCGGUUCCUUUGCCACCCGGAUGCUUCGUCUUGAAGCUGGAGCUUAGUAGGGAGAAACACUACCGAGCAGGGGACGUUCAUAAACAUUUUAGGCCGCUUCUAUAG